AUGUGCAUAGAGGUCGCCACGUACGAACUCCUGCGAUCUGCAUCCGUUGGCCAGCAGGCUUCUGCAGCCAAAGCCGAUGCUGCAGAGGUCCGCCAGGGCGUGGAUGAUGACAUUCCCAGCGAGGUUGCUGACCGGCCUCCAGAGCGGCUGUGUCUUCCGGUUGCCCGACUGUCUUGCCGGCCACCGCUACGCCUUGCUGAAACAGCCUUGUCCGAGGUCGUCCUGCCUGGAGCUCAGUUGGACUACGAUUGGUGA